UCAUUGUGAUUAUCUAAAUAAAAUGUCCAAUUCCUAUUCAAUUACAAAUUUUUGGCAAACAAAUAUAAUGUUGAGAAGUGUAAAUAAUACAUAGUAUGCUUUUAGUGAACUAUGAUGAACGGAACAAGGGAGACAGGGCCGACAAGUUCUGCCCUUAUGACUUCGAAUAGUGGCGUUAGACAAGGUGUGACAAGUAUGAAGGUCGAUAGCAUUAGUAAUGCCGCCACAUCGAGAGAUAGCACUCGCGACAGUGCAGAGGAUCUCCUUGAUCUCAAGGGAAAAGUAGAAUCACGUUUGUUGUCUAUGUGGAAUAAUGUAAAAUUCGGAUGGACGGUGAAAUUGAAAACCAACUUUUCAAAAGAGUCCCCAGUGUGGCUAUUGGGUCGUUGCUACCAUCGCAAACUAAGUCCUACAGGUUCCUUAGAAUCAUCUACUGAAAUUGGCACAGAGGCUACAGCUAAUAAUUCCAUGGAGCAAAUUUAUGGAGAAGGUAUAGAAGGAUUCAAGUCCGAUUUCAUUAGCAAAAUAUGGAUGACUUACCGAAGAGAAUUUCCCAUGAUGUCUGGAUCCACAUUCACAACAGAUUGUGGUUGGGGCUGCAUGUUGCGUAGUGGUCAGAUGAUGUUAGCUCAAGCUUUAGUGUGUCAUUUCCUUGGUCGUUCAUGGCGAUGGACACCAGAAAAGCCUAUCCAGAAUGCUCGAGAAUUUCAAGAAGAUUGUCUCCAUCGCAUGAUAAUAAAAUGGUUUGGAGACAAAUCAUCUGUAAAUAGCCCCCUCUCCAUUCAUCAGAUGGUAACUUUGGGAGAGUCUCUUGGAAAAAAACCAGGUGAUUGGUACGGCCCAGCAUCUGUGGCCCACUGUUUGAAAGCUGUAAUGACUUCAGCUUCCAAAGAAAAUUAUGAAUUUGAUAAAUUAGAAGUUUAUGUUGCUCAAGAGUCUACUAUAUAUGUUCAAGAUGUGUAUUCCCACUGUAAAUUACCCAAUGGUUCUUGGAAAUCUCUUAUUUUACUUGUACCUGUGAAGUUGGGAACUGAUAAGCUAAAUCCGAUUUAUGGGCCAUGUCUUACUUCUCUUCUGACAUUGGACUUUUGUAUAGGAAUCAUUGGAGGGAGACCCAAACACUCUUUAUAUUUUGUUGGGUAUCAAGAUGAUAGACUAAUUCACUUGGAUCCACAUUACUGCCAAGAAAUGGUUGAUGUUUGGCAACCAAAUUUUUCCUUGCAAACUUUUCACUGCCGUUCCCCAAGAAAAAUGCCCAUAACCAAAAUGGAUCCAUCUUGUUGUAUUGGUUUCUACCUUGCAACACAAAAUGAUUUUGAAACAUUUGUUAAUGUGAUCAGCUCAUUUCUUGUACCACAAGGUGUGUCAUCAUGUAACGAGUACCCUAUAUUUACACUACAUGGUGGAUCACGCAGUGCAGUUAUGGACCCACCUAAUUUAAGAAAUUCAAUAAUUGAAUCUGACCAUCAUUGGGUGACACCAAAUGUUCAAGAUAGUGAUACUGAUAUGGAGUCAGAAGAAUUUGUUUUAGUAUAAUCUACUUAUUAUACUUAAAUAUUCUAUUGUAUAGUAAAUGCUUUUAACUUUAUAGAGGAUGGAUGAUAUUGGGAUCUAUUUCUGUUAAAUAAUUCAGGGAUAAAUUAAUUUGUUAUCUUAUAUUAAUAAAUAACAUAGGAAAACAAAGGUAAUUGUAAAUUAUAUUUUAAGAAGUUCAAUAGAAGUCAUAAAAUAAGACUAAUUUUUUUGUAAGUAUUAACUAAGUACUUUAUUUAUUUUACGCAAAAGGAGUUUUCAUGCAAUAACAAAAUUAUAUUUUUACAAGACUUUUGUUAAAAUAUAGUUGUUUUUGAUGUAAUGUUAAUGAUAAUAAUAAUAGUAUACAUAUCUUAAAAAAGAUUUUGUUCAUAAUUCAGAAAUAAUAUUAUGCAUGAGAGUAGACCCAUGCUGUGUAUUGUGAGCCAGUGAUGGGUUGAUCAUGAUGAAAAAUCGCCAUUUUUGUGGCUAUA